AUGUCCGCCGUCAGUGGAGAGUCAUCCUCAUCAUUAGUUGCUGAUCAACAAGAACAGUACUAUAUUGAAAAAACAGAUUAUGGAGAGUUGAAGAUUACACCUAUUGAUAUAAAUUGUUUGGAGGCUUGUAUGAAUCAAGUGGCUGGGCAUGGAACGAGAAAGAAAAAAAAGGAACUUUCAUUGAUGGUCAGGGAUUGUAAAAUAUACAAGGCAAUACAACCAGGAAAGAAGAGAUCGUGGUCAGAGGUUCAUUUCUAUGAGAAUCAAGUUAAAUUGGCAGCCUAUCUUCUUCCUUUCAUUCCGAAAUAUUAUGGAGUGCAAAGAACUUUUGUACCUUUGGAAGAAGGAGAAAUACCUGAUAUUACAUCAAACAGCUCAGUGAUGGAUACUUUAUAUUUACAACAAGCAGGUGUUAGUACUAAUAGUGAUUUGAAUAGUCAAUCUUCAUCGGAAGUGUCCUCAUCAUCAGUGUCACCUGCCAAUACACCAACACUUCCUUCACAACAAACUUUCAAACCAAUCGAUUUUAUAGUAUUAGAGGAUAUUACAGCUAAUAUGGAUCAUCCAAAUGUGAUGGACAUUAAAAUGGGUCAAAGAACCUAUGGCGAAGAUGCCUCACCACAAAAGAUUUUGGAAGAAGAAUCCAAGUACGUCUAUCAACACCAACUAGGAAUGAGAAUUAGUGGAGCUAAAAUCUAUGACAUUGUAAAAAAGGAAUAUCAAUAUUUUGAUAGACAGUGGGGAAGAAGUGUCACCCCUGAUACUAUUGUUGAAGCAAUGGAAACUUUCUUAUUUAGUAAUGGGUUUGAUGAAGAAACUCGUGUUAGUGUAGGAAGACACGUCACUAAUCUUUUACUGAAAGAAGUAAGAAAGAUUCACCAUUUAUUCACAGAGAAAAACGACAAAUUUAGAAUGUAUGCUAGCUCACUUUUAAUUGUUUACGAUAGAAACAAGAACUUUUCAAUGAAAAUUAUUGAUUUUUCCCACGUUCACCAAAACCUCCUCCAUCAACCAGUUUACGACACCAACUUUAUUCAAGGUCUCGUGACAAUCAUCUCAGUUUUGGAAACUUUGGAAGAACGAUAUAGUCAACAACAAUAA